UUGGCGCAAACACCAUCCACACUCUGUUUUGGUUUGUGGAUCAGGAUUGUGGAUCGAUUGUGCACAAGCCACAUGUCCAAGCACGCACGUGAUUAGGGUGUUUCUGGGCCAAAGGUGGAUUGAUUAACGUUUAAAUAAUAAUUGAAUAUUAGAGAAAUGGCCAACAAAACCAUUGAAAAUAUUUUAGCAACGCUACCAGAUAAUGUCGACCUUGGUGAAUGCACCGGAUUGCUGCAGGUCCAGGCAGCAGAGAUCAAGGCCCAGAAAGUCAACUGGCAGUCUUACCUACAGUCUCAGAUGAUCAGCCAGGAAGACUACAACUUCAUCCUGGCCUACGACAACGCCGUGGGGAACCCGGAGAAACGCAACGCCAUCCUGCGUGAGCACGGCCACCAGUGCGCCAAGACGUUUCUCAACCUGCUCGGCCACAUCUGCAAGGACCAGACCAUCCAGUACCUGCUCAUACUCAUCGAGGACAUGCUCACGGAGAAGGAGAACUGCCGCGUGUUCCGCGACUACGCCAAGAAGAAGCGCGAGAGCGUCUGGGCGCCGUUCCUGAACCUGCUGAACCGUCCGGACGACAUCAGCGUCAACCUGACGGCCUGGAUCCUGGCGCGGUUGGCCUGCGACGGCCGCCAGCUGAUGGACGGCGGUGACCUGCAGUUCUACUUCACCUGGCUCAAGGACCAGCUGAAACGGCCGAACAACCAGUAUAUUCCGACGAUCGCGCGCUGUCUGCAGCUGCUGCUGCGUGUCGACGAGUACCGACACGCGUUUCUGCGCGUGGACGGCGUGUCCACACUGCUAUCGGUGCUCAGCUCGGGCGUCAACUUCCAGUGCCAGUAUCAGCUCGUCUUCUGCCUCUGGGUCCUCACAUUCAACAGCGAUAUCGCCGAGAAGAUGGGAAAGUUCAAUCUGAUCCCGAUUCUGGCCGACAUUCUGAUCGACACAGAGAAGGAGAAGGUGGUCAGGAUGUGUGUCGCCACAUUCCGGAAUCUGAUCGAGAAGGUGCAGGAGGCGAGUGUGAGGCGCGACAACUCGAUCCAGAUGGUGCAGUGUAAGGUGCUGCGUCACCUGGAGCUGAUCAGUCAGCGCUACAGCAGCGACGAGGACCUGAUGGCAGACGCCAGCUUCCUGACGGAACACCUCACCGCCAGCGUCCAGGAUCUCAGCUCGUUUGACGAGUACAGCACUGAGGUCAAGUCAGGCCGGCUGGAGUGGUCACUGGUGCACAAGUCGGACAAGUUCUGGAGAGAGAACGCCAGCCGACUGAACGACAACAAUUACCAGCUGCUCAAGAUCUUGAUCCACCUGAUUCAGAGCUCCAAGGACCCGCUGGUAAUCAGCGUGGCCUGUCACGAUAUCGGCGAAUACGUCAGACACUACCCGCGGGGGAAGCGGGUGAUUGAAACGCUGGACGGCAAACAGCGCGUGAUGGACAAGAUGCUCUCGGACGACCCGAGUGUGCGCCUGUACGCCCUGCUCACCGUCCAGAAGAUCAUGGUCCACAACUGGGACUACCUGUCGAAGCAGAUGACGAAGGAGAGGGAGAUCGAAGUCGGCAGUGAUAUCAUGAAGAACCCUCUCGCCUCCCGCUAGUCCCCUGCUUAGCCAGUAGCCUCGCCGCCGCGAUCCCGUGUAUGUGAGUGUAUCAGUGGCGUGUUAGUGUGUUAGCGGUGUGUGUAGUGUGUAACACAGCCCCCUCCCCGCGGGCUGCUUGGUCUGAGAGCGUGGUCCGCCGGUCGUUAUCAUGGCGACUGAGCGCCCUCCGGUAUCUCGCCACCACUGUUCGUCGGCCGGUAUCCGCCGCUAUCACAGGUUACGUAACUCAGUCCGGUUUGGCCCUCCUCGGCUCGUGCCGAUCUCUCUGUGUCUUUCGGCGCGGCACGGCGGCCGACCGAUAGCCCUCAGAGGGCCGGCGGCGGCGGCGCGCUGCUGGCCCACCCCGCCGUCUCUGGCGACGGGCGACGGCACCCGGGGAGGGCCAACUGUCGGGGCCGCGCCGGCUGAUAGCGGGCAGAUUGGGCCGGUGCCGCUGUCGGGUUUUGUUGCCGGGCACGCCGAGAACAGAGACCGGCGGCUGUCUGCUCGUACACAGACCGACACCACCAGUCUUGUAUCGGGGUCGCCGCUGCUUUUUUCUCGUGAUAACGGAUGCACCCGCUGCCUACGCACGGUCUUAUGAAGGCCUCGCUGGCUGUAUUUGGUUGGAUUUUAUAUUUUAUUCGUUGUUUGUAGACGGCCGUGAGGGGUUUUAUUCCCAUGCAACAUUCCCAGAGAGGCUGAUUGUAAUCGGGGCGGCUGCAAUGUGCAAUGAAUGAAUCGGGCCGGCCAGUAGUCAGUUGCCCUGAGAGAUUAGCUGAAUGUGAUGUAACUACUUACUGUAUUGUGCAUCCGUAGUCAAAUGGUCGGGCCAGUAUAUGUCGCAAUAUAGCACAGUAAAUGGAA